UCACUCACACCCGGGGAAAUCCCCCCCACCCUCACUCCCCUCCCCACUGUCUCCGCCCCCAAAUCUCCACCCCUCCAAUGGCUUCCCCUUCCCGCCCCGUCCUCACCACCCAGCUGCUCCUCCUCCUCCUCCUGCUGCUCCGCAAUGCCGCCGGCGCCGCGGCCGCGUCCUCCUCGGUGAACCCGUUCACGGCCAAGGCGGCCUUCAUCCGCUACUGGAACCGCAAGGUGCCCAACAACCGCCCCCACCCGGCCUUCUUCGUCUCUAAGCUCUCCCCGCUGCCGGCCGCCGACGCUGCAUCCUUCCCCUCCUCGCUCCCCGACAUCACCGCCCGCCUACCCACACUCUGCUCCAAGGCUGCUCUGCUCUGCCCGUCCUCUGAUGUGGCGUCGCUGGCGGACCGGAAGGGCCAGUUCAAGAGCUACAGCGACGCCAACUUCACCAACUACGGCUCCGGCGCUGGCGCCGGCACCGACGGGUUCAGCAGCUACUCCCCGGACGUCAACGUCGCCGCCGACUCGUUCCGCCGCUACGGCCGGGACUCGUCGGGGCGGGCCGACUCCUUCACCGGCUACGAGGCCAACGGCAACGUCGUCACCGCCAACUUCACCUCCUACGCCGGCGGCGCCACUGGCGGGUCGGGCUCCUUCACGGCCUACGCCGCGGACACCAACGUCCCGGAAUCCAAGUUCACCAACUACGACGCCGGGGCCAAUGGCCGGACCCGCGGGUUCACAUCCUACUCCCAGGAGGCCAACCACGGGGAGAGCAGCUUCGCCGGCUAUGGCAAGAGCGCCAACAGCCUGCGGGAGACUUUCACCUCCUACGGCGGCGACACCAACACCCUCAGCUCCGGCUUCGCCAACUACGGCGAGUCCGCCAACGGCGCCACAGACACCUUCACGGGAUACGGUGUCGAGGGGAACGUGCCCGAGAACACGUUCCGGAGCUACGGUGCCGGCGGCAAUGCCGGAGUGGACACGUUCAAGGGGUACCGCGAUGACGCCAAUGUCGGGGACGACAGCUUCGCCUCCUACGCCAAGGGUGCCAACGGCGGGGCCGCCGAGUUCCAGAGCUACGGUGGCUCGGGCAACCAGGGCAGCGUCGCCUUCAAAGGCUACGGCGAAGGCACCAACCGCAACCACCACAUUGGGUUCAAGCAGUACGCCGGAGACAAUACCACGUUCAAGGGGUACGCCAAGACCGGCAUCGACUUCAAGGCGUAUCACAACACGUCAAGCACAGUGUCAGUGUCGGCGGAGGCAACCACAUCCGAGCAUCGGCAUAUGAAGUGGUCUCCAGAGCCAGGCAAGUUCUUCAGGGAGAGGGAGCUGGUGGCCGGGAACCGAAUGCCCAUGCCGGACAUCAGGGACAAGAUGCCACCCAGGGCAUUCCUGCCGAGAGACAUUGCCGGGAAGAUACCAUUCGAGCCGAAUGCCGUGUCAGAGGUCUUCAGGGUGCCCCUGGACACGGCGAUGGGCAAGGCAGUGGCAUCCACGGUAGCCGAGUGCGAGCGCGCGCCCAGCCAGGGCGAGACCAAGAGGUGCGCGACCUCAGCUGAGGACAUUGUGGACUUUGCUGUGGAGAUGCUAGGCAGUGACAUUGUUGUGCACAGCACGGCCUCCACGGCGGGCAGCGGCGCGGACAUCAGGCUGGGCAAUGUCACCGGAGUGCACGGUGGCAAGGUGACACGGCCUGUAUCAUGCCACCAGAGUCUGUUCCCGUACCUGGUGUACUACUGCCACUCAGUGCCCAAGGCGCGGGUGUACGAGGCCGAUAUCACCGCCGCCGACUCCGGUCAGAAGAUCAAUCACGGGGUGGCCAUCUGUCACCUUGAUACUUCUGAUUGGAGCCCGGCUCAUGGAGCGUUCAUCGCCCUUGGUGGUAAACCCGGCAAAAUAGAGGUUUGCCAUUGGAUCUUCGAGGGCGACAUGACAUGGACAGUCGCAGAUUGAUGCUGCCAUGACAACUGCUUAAUCUUCCUCUUGUCGAACUAAGACAAGUACUUUUACCAAGUUCCAUCUCUUCUUCUUUUGCAACCUUAAUGGUUUAAGAAUUGUUCACUCUGUGUGGUAGAAAAAGGGUUGGUUCAUCAUCAAAUGUAAACUGUAAAUCCUGGAAAUCUGGGUGAGCUGAGUAAUUUGAUUUUCUUGAUCAAAUUGCCUUUGUUGUGGUAAAAGAAAAGAAUUCUAGUUAUCUAUAUCAAAUUCCUA